AGAACGUAAACACAAUGACGCUAACUGCUACCAGCCAAACUAGAAAAUUUUUUUAAAAAAAUAAAAAAUAAAUGAAAAAAAUACCGAGUAUAGUAAGUUAGGGUGCAGUAUGUCAGUCGUAGCUACCAGGCAGAGUACGAGUAUCCUGUGAUAUGUCUAAUACCGAGCUACCGAUCAAACAUGGUCCGUAGAAGAAGCGUCGCCUGGGGCUUCUUUAAAACCGUGGACGCAGAGUCGGUGCAGUGUCUGCUCUGCCGGGGUCUGGUCAGACAUGGUCAGGGUAACAAGGGCACCACCACGAACAUGCUGAGACAUCUUCGUGUCAAACACCCCGCCGAGUUCGUCAAAAAGAUAAAGGGUCGUUCACCUGAAGCUUCCUCCAUCGAUAACAGUCCCCAGGACAUGGAGGCGGACAGCGAGCAGUUCUGCUCCGUGGAAGUGGCGCUGGAGGAUGAGACAUCUGAAACCCUCACCACUGGGUAUGAAGAUGACGGGACUUCUGCUAUAAAUGGCAUCGUGGAAACUGCACAAGAAGGUCCAGCAGAUAAAAUAAUGCACGAAGAGGAGAGUGAUGACCGCCCUGUGAGAUCCAGACAGAACAGACGGAGCUUGAUUUGGAGGCACUAUGAGCGCCUGGACAGUUUGGCUGCUGUUCGUUGCCGCAUUUGCAUGAAGAAGAUAAAGUGCUUUGAAGGCGGCAGCACCAGUAACCUACAUCGGCACAUGUCAAAGAGACACCCGGGGGUGUUCUCUCAGCUGGUGGCCAAUGGGAAGAACCCACCACGACCCCGCUCAUCACAGGGCUCAAAUGUUAAUGGUGACACAUCGACACCACCAGACACUGUUGAGGUGACAGAGGAGAUACCUUUUCCAGGUGUGAUAAAAGUUUCAAGAGCGUCUGAUGGAGAAAAGAGUGUGUUUAGGAAGGAGCUGGAGCUGAUAGAAGCUCUGAGGAGAGCGCAGAGGGAGGAGGCUCGAGCUCUGGAGUAUCAGAGGGAGCUGCUCGAGAAGCUGCGUGCAGUGAAUGCCAGGGAGGCGGCUGCAGAGAGGGAGCAAAUUGAGUCAUUGAGGAAAGCACAGCUGGAGGAAGCCAAAGACUUGAGUAGACAGAAAGAAGAGCUGGAGACGGAAAAGGAAGAGCUGCAGAAGAAAUGGGAAGAGCUUCAGCAGGGAAGAGAAGAACUCUUGAUUUCCAGAGAGAAAGCCUCCUGAUUCAUGUUGCUUUAAAUGCUUUGGGAUGAAUUCUAAGACAUGAGGAUUUAAAAAUGUAAACUCCCUUUUAGUAAAAUAUAUUUUGCAAAAAAUCUGUGGAUAUUUGAUUUUGUUCCUGUUAUAGACGUGCUGCUCUGCUUU